AUAUACACAUAAAUAUUAUCCAGAAGAAAAUGAGCACUUUGACAUUCAUGGAACUUAUCACAGAGAAUCGGUUACUCCUGCUUACUGCACUCAUCGUUACUUGGAUAAGUUUCAAACUUUCACAGUUAUUGUUGAUCUAUUUGAAAUACACUGUUGGAGUAUGGUGCUUUUCUAAACGGAAAACACUUCGUCAGGCUGGUGAAUGGGCAGUUGUCACUGGUGCAUCGUCAGGUAUUGGUCAAGCGUAUGCAGAAGAACUGGCCAAAGAGGGUCUCAAUGUCAUGCUUAUAAGUAAUGAUGAGAAACAACUGUCGUCCGUUGCUGAUCAAAUCACAAAUACCUACAAUGUUCAAACACGAAUUGUGGUUGCAGAUUUUACUAAAAAUGAUGUUUAUGAAAUAAUAAGACCUGCUGUUGACCAAUUGUCCACAAUUGCUUGUUUAGUUAACAAUGUUGGUAUGGUGUUACCGUUUGAGUUGUUUGCCGGAGAAGUUCAUUCCCCAAAUGAAGAAUCAAUUAAAAAUAUCAUUCAUUGUAAUAUUUUGUCUACAGUGAUCAUGACAAGCAUCAUUUUGCCGAAAAUGUUAACACAGAAAGGACCUAAUCCUGGUAUCAUAAACAUUGCAUCCUAUACAGCUUUGAAAGUGGCGCCCUACUUGACAAUUUAUCCUUCAACCAAAGCAUUCAUUAUUCAAUUUUCCAGAUGUCUGGCUGCAGAAAAGUAUAGAAAGAAUGUCAUUGUACAAACGCUGUAUCCAUUGUUUGUAUCUACAAAUUUGACCGGUUUAAGAAAAGCCACAUAUUUCACACCAUCUGCUAAAGUCUAUGCUAAAAGUGCAUUGGAUAUGUUUGGUGUUGAACAACAAACCACUGGUUAUUUUCCACAUGAGUUGAAAGCAUUUGUAUACAAUCUAAUGCCAACAUCAUUGUGGAAUGAUACAUAUGAUAUAAUAAGACCUGCUAUUGAUCAAUUAUCUACAAUUGCUUGUUUAGUGAAUAAUGUUGGUAUGGGAUUACCGUUAGAGUUAUUUACUGGAGAGAUUGGUUCACCAAAUCAAGCAUCUAUUCAAAAUAUCAUUCGUUGUAACAUUUUGUCUACAGUAAUGAUGACAAGCAUUAUUCUACCAAAAAUGUUAACACAGAAAGGAUCUAAUCCUGGUAUUAUAAACAUUGCAUCUUAUUCAGCACUUAGAACAACUCCAUAUUUAACUGUAUAUUCCUCAACAAAAGCAUUUAUAAUACAAUUUUGUAAAUGUCUAGCUGCUGAAAAGUAUAAAAAGAAUGUGAUUAUACAAAUAUUAUGUCCAUUAACUAUCUAUACAUCAAUGACUAAACAUGAAAAACCAUCGUAUUUUAAUCCAUCAGCUAAAUUAUUUGUUCAUAGUGCAUUAAAUAUGUAUGGUGUAGUACAACAAACUACUGGUUAUAUAUUACAUGAAUAUAAAGCUUAUUUAUUUGAUUUAUUACCAACAUCAUUAUGGAUAUUAUUGACAUAUGCUAGAGUGAAUGCACGUAAAAAAUAUGUAUAAUGGUAUGGUAUGGUAUAAUAUUGUUAGGUCCCGAUAAACAUAAUGUAUGGUAACUUUUGGGAUCCUAUUGAUGGACCGAUACUGUGCGUAUAUUUUUUAUCAUAUAAUUUUUGAAUAACUAAGCUAUUCAUAUUCUCCUUGUUAUAAGCUUUAUUUUGAAUUAUGAAUCAUUAUUAUACGUUUUAUCAUUCUUGAAUUAUACCCAGUCUAUCAAUUACUACCUACCAUACUCACAGCCACUUUUGGCUAAAUCUUGUACAAAUGUUGUUUCCUAUUUUUAUUGGUACGAUAUUGUCUGUCUGGUUAGUAUAUAAACCCAGUGUGUUUGAAAUAAAUGAUUCAUAUUGCACAGGCUU